GGCGUCUGACUGCGUGACGUCAUCUCCGUUCGAGCAUAAAAACAACCGGGUGGGCGUAGAGAAGACUUUCGGCAUCGUGCUUUCUUUGUGUUUACCCCGGAAAGUUUUUCAGAAAAUGGUGCAGCAACUCCCCAAACCAGCAGCGAGGGAGGCUCCUCUGCUGAAGGCUGGACACCCUCCCGCAGUGAAAGCUGGCGGUAAACGGGUCGCCAAGAAAAACAUGGAAGAGAGUGGCACCCAUGUGACUCCAGAGAAGGAGACCAAGCGGCCUGAGAAAAUAAGCAGGUCCGUCGCCACCUCCAGCAGGAUGCAACAAGUCGGAAUCCUGCUGUCAGGAACUCUCGACAAGCUGAGCCACGACUUCCCCGAGACGCCGGUCAGCGUGUGGCACAGCAAGCUGCGCCCUGCGGUGGAGAAGACCCACACCCCCCGGACCUUCUCCAUCCAGCAGCCGAGGAAGUUGUGCUGAAGAAUGCCCCCCCCACCCGAGGGAGCCCCGUCGAGUCGACCGUGGAAGACGAAACCUGAAGUGCGUUGGAUUCACGAGGGGACCUGCGGGUUGUGACGCUGUUUAUGGCGACUGAGAGCUCUUUCAUUGAGCUCUGUUUACUUUCUAGCUGCGCUUCAUUGUGAAAAUACUAUAUAACCAGCAUUGAAUGUGUAUUUUUUCCUAGUAUUGUAAAAGAAAUGGUGUUAUUUUUCCCAGAUGAUGUUUUGGAAUGUUUACUUGUAAAGGGAGGGUGGCUUUGUUAUGUGAGGUUUUUGAAAUUGCUCUCCCUCUCCCCCAGUGACAUCUUCACUAUGCAUUGCUUGGCUCUUGAUUUGAGUUUAAAAAAAAGAUUAAUAAAUGUAGUUGCCUCA